CUGCUGCUCACGUGCUGGCAUAUCGAAGCAUUACCAUUGGCUGGAGCUCUGCUUACGUCAUCAAAUGAGGGGCGCGAGGUUUACACUGCGCUAAACUGGAUUGGGACCUAGCGACCCGAGACCCCGCCACAACAAAACUGCCAAUUUUCGCUCGCGAUUCAUGCCUUUCUUCCCCGUCUCUCCUCCGUCCCCUCCCAGCAAGUUUUUUUUCUGCGUCUUCCGCCUCCUGCCUCCUCUGUCAUUCUCUUCUUCCCUCCUUAGACUCCUCUAGUCGUCGCUUUUUGUCCAUAUACAGCCACCAUGUCUGACGAGCAGCAUGAACACACCUUCGAGUCCGCCGACGCUGGCGCGUCCGCGACCUUCCCCAUGCAGUGCUCUGCUCUGAGGAAGAACGGACACGUUGUCAUCAAGGGUCGCCCCUGCAAGAUCGUCGAAAUGUCGACCUCCAAGACUGGAAAGCACGGUCACGCCAAGGUCCACAUUGUUGCCAUUGAUAUCUUCACUGGCAAGAAGCUCGAAGAUCUGUCUCCUUCCACUCACAACAUGGACGUUCCCAACGUCAACCGCAAGGACUACCAGCUUCUCGAUAUCUCCGACGAUGGCUUCCUUUCCCUCAUGGACGAGAACGGUGACACCAAGGAUGAUGUUAAGGCCCCUGAGGGUGAACUCGGUGAAAGGAUCAACCGCAUGUUCCGUGAUGAAGAGAAGGACCUGAAUGUUACCAUCCUGACCUCUAUGGGUGAGGAGGCUGCCAUUGAUGCCAAGGAGGCCCCCAGGGGUUAAAAAGUUUCAUGAAUUAACAUGUGAUUGGGCCUUUUCCUUUGUUUCGCGCUGUCACUUUUUGCUUCCAAAGGUCUUAAAUCUAAAUUUUAUGUCCUUGACUCCGGGAAUGAUAUGACGUUUUGAACGGAUCAUGGCGUACUUGUUUCUAGACCAAUCAUCCAUGCCCAUGACCGUAGGCUUGGAUGUACUCCGAGUCGGCGGGAGACUUUGAAUGGCGAUAUCAAGGCGCCAGAACAAUGGCUCGGGCGUGAAGCUGACACUUUCACGAUAGUUUGACGAAUUAAGUAAAUUCAAAGAGCAAGCGCGAGCCUUAUACAAG